AAAUAUCAGUGUGGGAGGCGACAUCUUCCGGGAGUGGUGGAAGUGAAAGUAAAAAGCGUAAAACUUGUCGGAUGGAAAAGUGACGGUCAAACUGACAUCAAUCUGUGUCUCUUUGCUUCAUCUCUAAUCUAUUUUAAAAUCUAAGUCUUUAUCUCUAAACCCUUUAUACAUCUGUAUUCUUCUCUGCAGUCUUCACGGACAACAGUUUGCGCGGUGUGACGGGUCUUUUGUCUCUGAAUCAGAACGAUGGGUACUCUGCGGCUGAUGCUGGAGGUGUUAGCGGUGUGUGUGUUCUGCUGCCGAGCUGCUCCAGUGGCCGAAAGCCUGCUGGUGGGGGGGUCUCCAGUCUCUGUGCAGCUUGGACACACAGCCACCCUAUCCUGCUGGAAUUCCCCCCCCAAGAGCGCAGAGCUGCUGGAGGUGCGCUGGUUCCUCCCGGAUCACUUCGAUUCCCCGGUGCUGCUGUACCAGCUGAACCACACCUCGCAGGACGCCACGUACGCCGGCAGGGCAUCGUUUGGCCUGAGGGACGCAGCGUCCAGCGGGCUGCGCGGGGGGGAUGUGAGCCUGAAGCUGGAAAACGUCACACUGCAGGACGCUGGAGAAUACAUCUGCUACACCAGCAGCGACAAACACUACAACAGAGCCACCGUCAGCCUGGUGGUGAAGGAGACUGGGACCCCUCCCCUGCUGUCCGCAACGUGGGGACCGGAUGGCCGUUUGAACCUGAGCUGUAUGUCUGAGGGCUGGUUUCCCCUCCCAAGCCUGCACUGGGAGGACCCCCUGCAGGCCCUCACCCCGCAGAGUCUACAGUACAGCACCGCACCCUCCGGCCUGGUGUCGGUGCACAGCUGGAUCCUGCUGCCCGCCUCCACCCGGGUGUCCUGCUUGGUGGAGAAGCAGGAGGUCCAGCUGGAGAUGCAGGAGCCCCCUGCUCCUCCUGAGGGGUCGGGGGGGGCAGCAGGGUGGGUAGCAUUUGGUCUACUCCUCUUCUCAGGGCUGCUGGCAGCUGCAUUUCUGUUCCAUAGAAAGAGAGGGAAGAAAGCCAAAUUGCCCGUUGAGGAGAAUCAAACACUUCUACCAAAAGACAAGUUCGAGCCAACACAGCCAUCAACAGCCUGCAAGAGUUACGUUAAUGUGACACUGGACAAGAAAGGAACUGAACAUGAAUUCCUCUUCAUCAAAGACAAUAUUCUGAGAGAUAAACUGGAUUGUACGUUUCCUGAUGGAGCUCAAGUGACCUGUCUAACCGCCAUCACCGGGACACCCUCCCUCUCCUCUGGACGACACUACUGGGAGGUGUCUCUGGGGAAUAAGGGGGUGGGGCUGAAGCAGUCCUGGUGGGUGGGAGUGACAAGUAAAGCCUCCAUCCCGGGGGACUCACGCCUCAUUCCAUCCUCCUCCGACGGGUUCUGGUUCCUGUCCUCCUCCCCCAAUAGCCUGCAACUCAGCACACAGCAUCCGGUGCUGCUGCCCCCCUCCGGGCCCAUGACCCUCGGGGUGUUUCUGGACUUUGAGCGCGGGGAACUCUCCUUCUAUAACGUGGAGGAACAGAGCCUCAUCUGCAGCCUCAACGCAGAUUUCACCGGGCCGCUAUACCCCCUGUUCAACCCGGGGAUGCGUGACAAGUCUCCCAUGGCGUUAUUACAGAAGGGGAAUGAGGCUGAACGUUGACACCAUGGAGCUUUACAGGUCAGGGAGUGUGUGGAGGUGCUGCAGAACAAUACUAGUUUUCAUAUUUUUUUUAAAUAAUGAUGAUGAAUAUUGUGUUUUUGUUUGAUCUGAAGGAAGUAGAAAAUAGGCAGCUUGUUGUGUUAAAUCCCCUCAGCAGCAACUCUGUGUCUCUGUGCAGGAUGUCUGCAGGAGAGAAAGUAAUGCUUGAUGUGGUUGGGUACAUAAUAUGACGUUUAAUCACGGAAGCGUUUAGCUGAGUUUCUCUGUUAGAAACUUCUCUCUUCAGACAGAGAGAUGCAUGCUAUCCAAAGGGGUGCGGCCAGCUUCAGCUCAUUUGCAUGAAAGGGAAAGUCAGAGAAUCAGCACUUAUGAAAAUGGGGCUAAAGCAAAGGGAUAGUGGACAUGCUAAAAUCCUUGAUCUGUUUGGUACUUUGAGCAAAACACAUCAGAGACUUGCUUUUUUAUAUUUGAGACCUAUAAUAUAUGCCAUAAAAGUGCAUAAUCGGAGACGUUUAAUUCUCCACUGUUCUGUUCACCCUAUGCAUGUACGUGUUCAUAUAAAACAUUAUGUUAUGAAUGCCGUUUAAUAUUUGUGUCAAUAAACUCAUCAUCUGUUCA